GUCAUUUGGAAGCACUUGAAAAAUAAUUCCUUUAACGAUGGACAACAAAUUGCAAUACAAGCUGUGCGCACGCAACUUGGAUCUCAUUUUUGACCUGGAGUUCGUGGACAAACUGGUUAAGGACAUUGGAUUGGAGGCGGAACCGCGGGCACGUGGCGUUAUCCUCGACCUCGCUUACACUUUGGCAAGGGACAAACUGGUGGACGCCAAAUCGCUGCCCACCAGGCGCCACUGUCAGGAGGGCAAGGUGGCCGAUCUGAAGGACAAGGGCUUCGAACAGGCUCAACCGAAGCCGAAGACCGGAGUGCCAUCCAAUCCGUUGGCACAUGGUGCUGCCCUUUCGGGUGCUAGCAGCUCUAGCUCUCGUUCGGUCUUACCAGUGGCACUUUUCCUUCCGGAGGACUCUGAAAUACUUUCUACUAAUCCAAGUUCUACUUCCGCUGCUGGUCUACCAGGAGCCGGUCUCCCGGUCUUCAAAAAGCCACGACUCCCGAAGUAGGGUUACCGAGAAUGAGUGUAUUAUGAACA